AUGAUCAGAUUUUUCAGAGUCGUGCUGAGUGAUUUCAAAUGCACAAAUCUCGCAGCAGCGGACCGUAAUGGGUUUAGUGAUCCAUAUUUAAAGGGUAAUUUUGAUAACUUUAGAACUUUUAAAACUCCAUACAAAAAGAAAACUCUCAAUCCCCAAUGGGAAGGAUUUAGCGUUGAAUUUGACUAUCACACAAAGUUCGGAUCAAAACUUCAUUUAAAGAAAUUCUUGAUUGAUGUAUACGAUCAUGAUAUGCUCGGAAAGGAUAACUUUUUAGGAUGUUGUGCCGUGGAUUUAUUCACGUUGGCAUCAGGACCAGUGAAACAAUCCAUUACUCUUCGUUCUCAACUCAACGCCAAAGAUAAUUGUGGAUGUGUUGAAUUUAACUGUGUCAUGGAGGAGAUAACUAAAAACUUUGUGAUUUGCAUGUCUCACUUGAAGGUCGACUUUCAACCUCCACUAGACGAGCCAAAGAAUUUGAGAUGUGUUGCUCAUACCGAGUUAACAAACUCUCAGGAUAGCAACACAAUUGUUUGUAGACAAGCCCAAACAGAAGCUCUGUGGACCCAAAUACCAAAUUUAGAAGUUAAGAACGUUUCUUUGAAGGAAAUUAUGAAAGAUUCUGUUGUCAUUAAGAUCAAACAAGAAAAAACUGGCCUCGACCCAACUAUUGCAAGAAUUACUAUCGAUUUAAAAGAUGUGUUAGAAAAAUUCCUUGAUGAAAAUAGAACUGUCUCUGCAGGAGAUACCAUCGAAGAUGACAUGGUACCAAUCAAACUUUCUGGAAUCCCUGUACAUUACAAGAAUUCUGACAACAAUCCUAAUGCUUCAUUUAAAAAGUCAAAAUCUCCAUUUAAUAUGAAGAGCGGUAGCUCUGAGGUUGAAAAUGCCAUUAUUGGAAGCACAUCAUUUGCUGCAGAUAGAACUUUGGGUGUUUGUGAAAUCGAAAUUGGAUUUAUGGGUAUGCCAAUUUAUGCUCAAAUGGUGAGCGGAAUUAAUAAGGAUAAGGUUGUUACAGGUAAACCUCUCUUGGAAAAUCUUCCUGUUCCAGUCGGAUUUGUUUUCGAAAAUGACAAAUCAACAAGAAGAAAGAGUAUUGACAUGCAAUCCUCAACAUCACCAGCUACAAAUGAAAGACGAACUUCUGUCAGUAACCAGCAAACUAAUUUACCAACCACUCCUGGUCUUCCAUAUGGUUGGGAAAGAAAGGUCGAUAAGAGAACUAAUAAGGAAUAUUUUGUCAAUCAUAACACAAGAACAACACAUUGGAGUCUUCCAAUUUCUGACAAUCUUGAGAACAAGGCCCAAUUAGAAGACGAACAUACAGAUGAGAUUGCUGAACUUCAAAUGGUUGAAAAUCUGCAACCCGUAAAAAGAGAUUCAACAGUCCCAGUUUUUUCGGCCAAUCCAGGAUCUCCAGGUCAAAAUCUGAUCUUUUCAUCACAACAACAAAUUCCACAAGCAUCCCCACAAACUCCAUCUGGGCUACCAACCACUCCUGGUCUUCCAUAUGGUUGGGAAGAGAGAAUAGACCCUAGUACUGGAAGAACUUACUUCAUUGAUCACAAUAACAAAACAACCCAAUGGAACAGACCUGUGGAUAAUCCAAACAUUAAUUUAGUACAAAAAUUUAACAAUAUGACCCUUAGUAACAAUCCUUCUGUUGUUCCUCAAAUCGGUGGAUAUCAACAACCAAGUUAUCAACAACAGCAGAAUUAUUCUGCACAACCCAUGUAUCAAAUGCCAUAUCGUUCACCUGGUUCUCCUCAACAACCAAACCUUAACUACCUUCAGCCAGGCCAAUUGAAACCUCUUCCUCAAGGUUGGGAAGAAAGGAUUGAUCCAAACACAGGCCGUACCUAUUAUUUGAACCAUUUUGCAAAGACAACACAAUGGGAAAGACCAAAUUAUUAG